AUGGACAGACGAUUCAAGACCACGCCUCCGCCGCCCUCUGCACUGAAUGUGCUGCGGCCACUGUCGGAGAUUAGCUCGUUCCCAAGCAGCGGAGCUAUUGCCGCGAAGGUUCGCGAGCAGAAGCAGAAGCAGACCGCAGACAGCAAAUUAAGCGGAGAUGAUUCUGCUCAGAAGAAGUCUGAUGCUCCGACCUCCAAGACCCUCGGGUCUUCAAUGCCAACAACGACGACCUCGGUGCAGAGAAGAAGCGAGACCGUUGCGCAGAUGUACGACAACGACGAGAAAGGAGGACGCACUUGGCAGAGGCUUAUUGUUGAGUAUAGUUAA